AUGCUUAGUAGACAAAGUAAAUUAUCAUGGGGCGAUCGACCAUCCGCUGGAGAAAAUAGUAAAAAAACUUCAAUCCUUUUCAUGAUCUUUGAUCCAUUCUUGAAGCCUGGUGAUACAUCUAUUACUACAAAUAUGGUAUCCACGGGGGCCAUUUUUGUCGGCUGUAAUAAAGAAUUACAAGCAUUUGAUUAUAAUCCAGUCUUAAAGAGUAUAGCUUAUGGUGCGAAGAAUGCAGUCGCUAUAACUACUCCUUUUCAUAAGGGUCCACUACCUGAUGUCACUGUCACUCAGACGCUUAAGAGUCAUACAAAGCUUGUGACUGCAGUUAAAUGGCUUCCUGAUAUGCGAAAGCUUGUUGCAGCAUCCGAAGAUGGUACUGUUGUUAUUUGGAGCUACGAAGAUACAGAUGAUCACUAUGUGUUAGGACAGACUUUGAUCACGGAUCAUCAUGGCAGUAUAGAAUGCUUGGCCGUGCUUGAUAAUGGUGGCAAGUUAGUCGUUACAGGAAGUGCCAAUGGCUAUGUUGAUAUUUGGAAGUAUGAUGAUGCCUGUUCUCAGUUUAACCUAUUUGGAGAGUUCACAGUAGCAGAUGGAUUAUAUCCCCUUACACUCUCUCUCAAUGAAGUUGCAAAAGAUCAAUUUAUCAUAUUUAUAGGAGGAACGGGGCCUUCUUUAUACGUCUAUUCAUUUUCAUUGUUAAGCAAAGAUACGGUGAAGCUUGGUGCUAUUUUACCGGGCCAUGAAAACUGGAUUAAGAGUUUAUCAGUGAAGAAAAUCAACCGGAAUGAGUACCUUAUAGCCAGCGGAUCCCAAGAUAGAUGGAUUAGAUUGUGGAGGUUGUGUCUUGAUGAGAAAGUUGAUACAUCCGAUAAAGAUAGUUCCAAGUUGCGUCUACUAUCGAACAAACUUUAUAAAUUUGAGAUUGAUGGAGCAAUUACAACCAGAUGUUCCGUAAACUUUGAUGCUAUCAUUAUGGGACAUGAUGACUGGAUAUCUGAUCUUAGGUGGCACCCAACCGAGAUGAAAUUGCUUUCAAGUUCUGCCGACUCUUCUAUGAUGAUUUGGGAGUCGGAUCCAGUCAGUGGUGUCUGGGUCAGUAAAGUGAGACUAGGGGAAAUGGCCAUCAAAGGUGCAUCUACCGCGACAGGAUCAUCUGGCGGCUUUUGGAGUGCCGAAUGGAUUGUGGAUAAUGAAUAUGGAACAGAAAUAAUAUUGACUAACGGUAAGACAGGUUCUUUUCGCUAUUGGCAGAAACCUAUCAAAUCCGAGGAGAGUAAUGUCUAUCAGCAAUUGCCGUUUUUAACUGGUCCAACAAAGGAUGUUACUGAUGUCGCCUGGUCUGAUAGUGGUAAAUAUCUUCUUGCUACUUCUCUUGAUCAGACAACCAGACUAUUUGCCAAAUGGACUAAGCGUGGUGUCUCGGGAAAACCUUCUUGGCAUGAGUUUGCUAGACCGCAGAUUCAUGGAUAUGAUAUGAUUUGCAUAAAGCCAAUCACUGAAACUCGAUUCGUCUCUGCUGGUGAUGAAAAGGUUAUUCGUGUUUUCGAUGAGCCUCGAUCUGUGGCACAUAUGCUUGGUUCCUUAACAGAUAUUACGGAUGGUUCUGUUACUGACAAUAUGAUGCCGGAGAGUGCAAGUUUGCCCGUAUUAGGACUAUCCAAUAAGGCGGAGCUGGACGAUAUUCACGAGCAGAUGGACAAGGAAGCCGAUGAGCCCGCUAGUGGUGGUCCUAUGAGAGUAACGGACAGAGUUUCAUCGCCAUCUCCUGGUCCUAUCAAUAUGCUUAAUGGAUUGCAGACUCCACCGUUGGAAGAUCAUUUACAGAGACAUACUCUUUGGCCUGAAAUUGAAAAGCUUUACGGACAUGGUUUUGAAGUCACUACAUUAGAUGUUUCACCUGAUAAAAAAUUGAUUGCUUCCGCAUGUCGUUCCAAUGUACCAAGGCAUGCCGUUAUCAGGAUAUUUAGAACCGAUAACUGGCAACAGCUUAAGCAAGUCUUGCCUGGACACGAACUUACCAUUACACGGCUAAGAUGGUCUCCAGAGGGGGAUUAUUUGCUCAGUGUUUCUAGAGAUCGUCAAUUUUCGUUAUGGAAGAAGCAGCAGAAAAAUGCAGAAGAUAUUGAGUUUAAACUUGUCUGUUUGCAAGAGAAGGCACAUACUAGAAUCAUUUGGGAUUGUUGUUGGGUCCCUAGUGAACUGCAUAAUUGCAUGUUUAUUACAGGAGCUAGAGAUAGAAGGAUGAAGCUAUGGAAGCUUACAGACAAGCAUAUCGUUGAAAAUGUCUCUAGCAGUGAAAAGCUGUCUGCUGCAGUGACAGCAUUGGAUACAUAUCCUAAAAUGAUUGAUUCCGGAUGUCUUGUAGCUGCAGGAUUGGAUGAUGGAAGCCUUGAAUUGUACAUUGUGAAGAAUGCGUGCGAGUUUAAGCUCUUAAAAAGACUGGAAAACGACAUAACUCCAGACGCAACCAUUACUAGAGUGGCAUUUAGACCUUCAAAUGAUGACGCUAUCACAUUAGCCGUUGGAAGCAGAGAUAACUGUGUCAGAAUAUAUACAAUUACGAGAGACGACUCUUAG